AUGCCAUUGGAAAGUGGGGAACUUGUAAAAAGACUUUCUUUAUUAGAAGAUCAGAAGAACUUAAUAGUAAAUAGCGCUAAUAAACUAAAAGGCUGGCUUGGAACCAACGACGACACUUCUUCUAUAAGUGACAACGAACACGAAGAAACUGUAGCAGAAAAACUAACACCUGUUAAUAUGGUUCAUGCUGAAGAUACAUUAAUUGAGCGACAAAGUAUUUCUACUUUGGAGUUUCGAGUUCAUCAUUUGGAAAAGUCGAUCUUUGGUUUUGACGCAAUUUCAAAAAGACCGUCAGUACAUGAAAAGUUGAAGGAGCAACAGGCAUUAUUAAAGCGAGUUGAUGAGAUCAAAAAGGUGUUUAAUACAACCAUACGUGAUGAGGCUGACGGAUUGAAAUCGUUUCUCGAGAUUUAUUCUGCACUCGCAAUGGAGAGAGUUGUACUUACACCCGAAGCUAAAGCUGAAAUCGUUUGCUCUUCUGAGGAAGAAUUAAAGUUAAUAGCCGAAAAUUUAGGACAAAUUAAAGAUUUACAAGAAAUUAUCGAAGCUCCAGAAUUUAAAGGCUUUGAUAAGCUCUUUCCUCAGGUUACACCCAUUGAAACCAGUCACAUCGACCAAGUGGCUAGGGCUGAAGAAACUUCUGCUCGCAUAACGUCUUUGUUGGACAAAUAUAAUAUAUUU